CGCGCAGCUAUUAUUAGCUAGUAUAGCUAGCUAGAGUUACCCUAGCUGCAGAUUGAGCGAUCUAGCUGCGAUGGCUGACAGAGGAGAAGCGUCUCCGUUUCUGCCGCCACUCUCUAGUACCUACCAGAGCUCCUAUCUGUGGGCCCCGCAUCACCUGCAAAGACUAACACUCACACAGAAACUCUACCACGACUAUAUCUCCCACUCUCUCGCCACCCAACCGCCGCACCUGAACGCUCUCCGUCGCAGAGUGCAGAAAUACGGCGACAACGCGGGCUUCCACGUCCACAGGGAUAUACCCGAGCAUCAAGACUACUCCCUGACGGCUCUCAAGCUCAGCAACCUGCGCCCAGCAGAUCAACUGUAAGACCUACAUAAAGUGCACUGCAUGCACGCCCAUACGGAGAUGCAGCUUUAUGCUUUCCUAUGCAGAGUGGACAGGCCAAUGACCAAAGAUAGUCGCGUUGUUCUCUCUCUCUCCUCACAGGGAGAAAGAAGUGUGUCAACCAUUUCCGGCGGAGCAUCCUUACACAUCACACAUCUCCCAAUUCUCCCUCUUCCCUGAUACCCACACCUCACAUCCUCACACCACAGCAGGAAGUCACACCCAUCGAAACAUUGGCACCCAAACACCAGCAACGUCCGCUCUUCUUCACUCUGCCCCGUCGUACUACGUGGCCCAGAAGGCGGUUGAAAAGGGGUCCAGAAUUGAACGACAUCAUCAGUUUUCCAGAGGUCAUGUGACAGAUCACAUGACCCAACAGGAUGGGUACAGUCAAUUGUGGGACUUGCCUCGCUCACAACGUCACCAGCGUUCCAAGACCUACCCUACACCACAUGUCCAGUACCCAACAUCUCAUUCCCCCAAACCACCUCACACUCAAGAAGCCCUGAGCACCAUUCAUUGCCUAGUCGCCAGAACCACCAGCUACCAAGACCACUUCCAUCUACCAUACGGCUACCCCCAUGAUGGACCAAACAAGACCACCAGUAGACGAAUGUCAGCCACCGGGGGCCAAAAUCUAAGUGGUUCUCGACCACUCUAUUUGUCGUUCUCGCACUCUCGUCCGUACACUGCAGAAAGCAGGUCAAAAUACAAGGGAACACCAGCAAGGGGGGAUACAGUUGGAGAAGAUUGUGAGUGGGAGGAAGAAGAAGAGGGAGAGUGGGCGAAAGGAGAGGUUAGGUGGGUCACCAUGAAAGAUGCAGCCACACAGACCGAACCAAACGACGAAUUUCCACCGCUAGGCCUACCACAUUCGACCAAUGACAACCAAGCCAGGUCUACCACUGAUGGACCAACGAUUGCAAAAACGGUGGAAAUGAGACCAUCCACUACUGGGGUUGAACAGCGGGAAUGCUCGUUUUCCGUCGACGAGGAGGAAGCGUCCUUUCGCCCUCGCUCGUCAAUCACAUGCCGGAGAUUCUCGCAGCUGUAUGGCUUCAGUCGCAGCGACACCAUGAAGCAUUUCCAUUCCCAGUUCCUGGAACCGGUACCGGACCUGAGGGAGUACGGAAUGCAGAAGGGAAAGCGGCACACCAUUCACGGCUACAACUCCUACUAUUUUCACUGACUUCCAAGAACAUUUUUGUAGAUCCACAGAUGAAUAUUUUUAGUUUCGUCCAAAAAUGUUCACUGUAGUUUUAUAAGAGAAAAUAAAUUCAUACUC